GCCAUCACCACUCAGCUCUCUGAAUAAAUGCUCCACCUGUGCUGGUCUAAUUAGGUUGUAACACAGCACCAGCUGUCUUCAAUCACCUAAUUGCAUCAGAGUAGCAGACUCAGAAAGGUUUUACUAUCCUCACCUGCACUUUUCUUAUGGUUCAUGGCUUUCAAACCUUGAGGAGAGAAAAAAAAGGGAGUAUGGUUGAUUGUUUUCUGGGCUGGUAGUUUUAAUCAACCGUCUGCUGUUGUGUCUGCUGAGAGUGACUGCUGGAGUUGAAUUUUCUACCAUGGCUCUUCCAUUUGGGGUGUCUUGGCUUUGCUCUCUGUUGUUUUGGGACUGCAUUGGCUUUACUACUCAAAAAGGUUACAAUACUGCACAUGGCUACUCUCUCGAUAGUGAUGACUUCGGUAGCGAUGAAAGUGGGCCUCGCACACAAACUUCAAACAUGUUUGAUUCUGGAGAACCUUUAUUCACCAACCAAGAAUCUGUCAGUCCAAGGGAUGAAAUGCAAGCUCUGAGACGCCACAGCUUUAUUUCCCUUCAAGGAGAACCAGAGAACCAUGAGGAUUUUAGCUCUGUUACUGGCCUCAGUGAAGACGUGGUACAAAACAACCCAGACUCAGAACAUGUCCCUGCCCCCUCAGUGCAGAAAUAUGAGCAUAAAGGAGCUGGUAAUCAACACCCCUUUGGCCUUUUAGUUGAUGAGCACACACAAGCGAAACCUAUGGAGGGGACUAGUUUUCAGACAGUCAAAGAUUUCAAACGGUUUAUAGAAAAACUGAAGAGUUCAUUUUUGAUUCCAGGAGGUGCCUUUGGUCCACAUUUUCAAACUGCACGGGAAACUUUGAAAAAUGAGAUGGCUGCUAAUGCUCAAAAUAUAAAGGGGGAGACGGACAUGGGCUAUAGGUCUAAUUAUACAAAAGAAGUAACCGCCCAUGAUGACGCCAGUGAAAAUGAAGUUUGGAGUGAAGCUAUGAAUACAGCGUUUGAACAAAGUGAAAAUGGCGCCAAUUACCAAAUGCCAGGUGAAAAUUCCUCUGUCCCAGAUCCUGACAACUCCACUGAAAGACUCACUUAUUCCAGUGUUUAUGACAACCAAGACUCUGGCCCAGGGUCUGCUCUCUACCCACGCCACCCAGAGCAUGUUUCAGGUAAUUACGGUAGUUUUGAUAGUUUUGGGGAAAACCCUGAUAUUUUUACAAGUGCUUCUUAUAAGCAAAAUGAAGACUUCCAGUCAAAAAACUUCAAUCUCCCUGAACAAAUACCUUCUGGCUCAUACUAUGGAGAUGAUUUGUAUUUUGAUGGCUAUGUGACGGCCCCCCCUGUCAGCCUUCCAUACAGCCCAUCUCAAGAUUUAAGCUACUACUCAAGCCAGAGAUCCAAUAUAAAGCCUUUAACCUCUAAGGUUAUCCAACAACCAAAAUAUACAUCUCACACUGGUGGCUUUGAACUUGGUGAAGAUUUCCAAAGUGAGGAGCUAGGCAGAGUGAACUCAGCCAAUGACCUGUCUGCACCAAUGCCCAGAUCUUUGAAUUCCUAUGCAAAAAGUGUACAUGUCAAUCCACCGAAAGGUCAAUACUACAUCCCAUAUCAGUUACCAAAACAUAGGGAAAGCCCAGCCCAACCAUUGGAGGCUUAUCAACCCACUGAAAACAAGCAAUCAAAGGCUAUAAACCACUCUCCCACCUCCCACCUGCUUGUAUCUUCUGGUUCUGUUUCUUCAAGCUCUGAUAACAUCUUGCCAAAGACAAGUAGCGGUCAUGUAGGAGUUCAAACAAGUAGCCCACAUGAUGCUCAGCCUCAAGCUUUCAACAAAAAGCAGCCAGUCAGAUUCUACCGACUGUUUACUAGGAAACCUUUCAGCUUGCUUCAAGACUCAAGUGGACAUGGUGGCUAUCUCAGAGACCAGACAGUCGAUGUUAGCCCUCCUUUCAACCUGACUGCAAAAGACGGGGAGAAAUCAAACCUCUCCCAGCUAAAUCAAGCCGCUGGCACUCAGGGACCAAAACGAAUGGCUGACAAUACCAUAAUUAUUCCCAUUUCUAGUGGCUUAGAUUCAACUCAGAGUGGGAUCUCAUCCUGGGCCAGAGAUGAUGUGCAUUUGAACUCUCUUACUAACUUGGCUCCGACCUCAGCUUCAGAGAAGGCCUAUUCAAGAUUUUUUGGCAAUGAUAUACAUGGUGUCAGAAACCCCCAGGGCUUAUAUUCUAACCCACUACGACGAGGUCUUUCUGCAAACAAAGCUCUGCAGACCUCCAUAAAACCAAACAAAGAACAACAGACUCCAGCCAAUGUGAAUAAAGAGCCUCGUAUUGUGGCCAACCUGCAUCUUAAACCACUGUCUGCAUCCAAGGUUUCUGAUUCUACUUUCAGUGAUAUAUUUUGGAGGAAUGGUGGACACAACAAAAGGCUUCCUUCUCAAAUGGGCCCAAACAGGUCACCACCAUUUGUAAAGGCAUAUGUUCACAAGUCCAGAAAUGAUUACAAAAGGAAGAGACUAUCUCUAUCAAAGACCCAUUAUUCACCAUAUCAGGUGGAUGAAUACAAGAACAAUGUUUAUCGCAAUGUAAAGGAUUUGAAGAACAAUAAAGAAGGAUUGAAACUCUUCAAGUGAAGCACAACAUGGAUCUGCUGCCAUCUUCAUCUUCAAGGAAAUCCUUGAUAAAGUAAUCCCAUCACCAUGUGAUGAUCACAACUGUAAUACUGUAGGCAUACCUGAAGCAAGAGCUUGUUAAAUUGUUCCUGUAACAGCAGUAGGCCUUUUCGAAGAGGCAAAGGGACAUCUAGAGAGGCAUACAGAUCAGCAGUU